GUGUGACCCUGGGGUGCGUUUUACAGAAGUGAACAGUGAAGUUAUGUACACAAUGAAACUCGGUGGCCAGGCCUCAUUAAUGUCACAUGGAGGUAUCGUAAACUGACAGGUCCUGGGAGAUGAGGAUGGACGUGGGUAGGAGGCUGCAGAACUUCCAGCCCUUAAGGACGAGGGAUGGCAGGCAUGGUUGUUCCUUGUGGAGAUUGGCUGCAGAGGUUUCCCAGCUAAAUCAACAUGGCGGAUGUUGUCAGCUCUGGGCCUGGACAAAACGCGCAAGACACAAGCAGCUGGCAGGAUGGGGCCGGAGGCAGAAUGAGCUCUGGCUGGAUGUGGAGCAGACGAGAGGAGGGAAGCUGGAAGCUAGGAGCAGAUGGGCAGUGAUUUGGCCACCACUGCCAGCCCACCAACUGGAGAGUGGUGAAGGUCGCCCUCAGCUUCCUCCUUACCUGGCAAACUGUCUGCUGCAAUGUCUGGAGAGAGUUUUGUGGAGAAGCAGAACCUUCUCAUUGUGUCUCGCUGUUUAUGGAUACUUUGUGUCAGAGCAGAGGCUGCCGAGAGCUGUGAGAGUGAACCAGAACAGUGAAGCUGUGGGCUGGAAAACCAAAACAACGAGCUGAAAGACACUGCAACACUGUGUGGAGCUGCAGGGACUGAUUGGGUGAAAAUAUUCUAUUUCUCCACCUCUCUCUCUCUCUCUCUCUCUCUCUCUCUCUCUCUCUGUGUGUUUGUCUCCCCACCCCGGCGCUCUCAUUCCAUCAGGUCCUCACAACACACACACCGCAGCCUCCGAACGCCUCAUCUCCUCCACCAGAGCAAGAGGAUCAGAGAGAGGGAGAGUAGAAGUGACAGUGGAGCAACAUCAGCAUCACUGACAAGCAUCUCCCUCGCUGGGGGAGAGGGGGAGAAAGAGGAGAAGUGGCAAGAGUGAGGAGAAAAGAAAAAGAGAGGGAGCGAAACAGUGAGAGAAAUAAGUUUUUAGGAGGCAGGAGGACAAGUGAGGGAGACUUUGGAGUGAGAGAUCUUGGUGGGUGGCAGUGGGGGGGGUUGGCCGCUCCAUUUUCCCUUUUCUUUUUUUGGCUGUGAGCGCUGCCUGCCUCUGCUCUUCUCCUUCUCCCCUCCUCCUCCUCUUCCUCUUCUUCCUCCUCUGUGCUCCUCUUUUCAUCCCGACUCUCCUCUCCCAGCUCCCGCCGUGGGGUCUCAGCUCUCCGUCUCCCUCCCCCCCUCCCUCGCUCCCUACCUCCCCCGUGCCCUGCUGGGAGCCUCUGGGCUGCUGCGCCGCAGGAGGAUGUCUCGCAGGGAGUCUCCGCCGCCGCCCUCGCCACCUCCACCUCCGCAGCUGCUGGGAGUGCGGAGAGGAGAGGUGCAGUGCGAGGAUCGUCCGGAGCGCGCCGAGCCGCUGUCCGACGCCGAGAGGGAGAUCAUCCAGGACACGUGGGGGCACGUCUACAAGAACUGCGAGGAUGUGGGGGUGUCUGUGCUCAUAAGGUUCUUUGUCAACUUCCCAUCAGCCAAACAAUACUUCAGCCAGUUCCAGGACAUGGAGGACCCAGAGGAGAUGGAGCGAAGCAGCCAACUUCGGCACCAUGCCCGCAGGGUGAUGAACGCCAUCAAUACUGUGGUGGAGAACCUCCAUGACCCAGAGAAGGUGUCGUCAGUGCUGGCCCUGGUGGGAAAGGCCCAUGCCAUCAAACACAAGGUGGAGCCCAUGUACUUCAAGAUCCUGAGCGGCGUGAUGCUGGAGGUGUUGUCUGAAGAUUUCCCAGAAUUCUUCACGGCAGAGGUGCAGAUGGUGUGGACCAAACUGAUGGGGGCGGUGUACUGGCACGUGACGGGGGCCUACACAGAGGUGGGCUGGCUCCAGGUCUCCAGCUCAGCGGUGUGAAGAGUUAGGAGGAAGAGGGGGUAAAGGAGUUUCCAGUGGACUUAAUGAAAUGAAAAAAAGGGAAAAAUAUGUGUUUGUGAUCAUGUAGACGAGUGGGAUUUCAAGGGGUUCUGUGAGGAUGGUUUCACAGACAUGGAUGAGAUUAAUGUGGUAAUCCGUGCAACUCUGUACUUUAUUUUGGUGACAUUUUGGUGCUAAGCCUUCGUUGUGGUGGUGUUUCUGCAAUGCACUUCCCAGGGAUCACUUGGACACCAAAUGAUGUAGCCACAUGUCGUUUUACUUUCCUAAUUAAGUUUUAGCUCAUGAUAGUGGUGCUUUAGUGUGUGUUUAUGGCCACGGAGGCAAUCACUGCUAACGCUAACUGUCCAGUUCUUCUACUGUUUAUUCCAGACAAACUGCUACCAAAAAUAUGUAAUACAUCACUUCCUCUGUAGCAUGGGAUCUUCCCCAUCAAAAAAUCUACGAAGUGCUUAUACAAAUCCAAAAGCUUUAAUGAAAUGGUGUUUUUUGUUUUACUGGUCUGUUACAUUCAUUGACAAUUAACCCCUUCGCUAAGCCCCACCCGGCCUGUUGCGUGGCCUGUCAAGCUUUUCCUGUCUAGCACAGUGAUAAAAGGUAGAGGUAGAUUCACCAAUCAAAAUCCUCAGUAAUGUUUGAAACAAUUGUUCCUUGAGAGAGAAAAAGGCAUGACAAGACAUUGAUAGGCAAAGGCAGGUGUAUCAUUUCUCACUUUCCUAUACAUAAUGACAACUGUGGCUAGCAGAUUUCAUUGCUAGCUAGUUAAUUAAUGUUAGAUUCAAAAUUAAAAUUGAAAUAGCCUAGCUGUCUCAGACUGACUUGUUUUAAAUCAAGAACCUUGAAAAAGACACCUGAAGAGUUCAUAACAGCUACAUGAUAUCAUGCUAAAAGACUGAGGCUAAAUGACCAAGAUCCAUUUAGAAGAAAUGAAAUGAAAUGAUUUUGCAUUGUAGGGUAGCUAGUUAAGCCUAGUCUUAUGGUCUAGUAUGAGGGGAAAAAGACUGUAUUAUAGUUACGUAUUUGAAGGAAAAAUAAAAAGGAACGCAUCACCUGGGAAUGGCUUCAAUACUAUAAAAUUGAACUACAAUUUAUAAUCCCACAAAAUAGCUAAUGAUGUGCUCCUUAGCCUUAAAGCUAUGUUUCUGCUGUAUGUAAUAAGCUACUGGGGCAGACAUGCUAUUGCUUGCGGCUUACAUUAAGAGCAGAUAAACAUGGUUUUGUAAAGGUUAUGAGAGAGACAUCACUCUCCAAACUCUUUAUGCUGAUUUCAUUAACUGCAUGUGUGGAAAUCCAAAGCUUGACAGGCUUGCCAUGCCUAGUUACCUAAGGUGUGACUGGACCAUCGCUGUUCAGGGUAGGCUUUUAGUGAAUGGUCAGUUGGGGAUGUCAGAAACAGACAUUUAUUUAUACAAAAAUGUUGCGGAUUAUUACUUUAUAGCGUUCAUUUCUGUGGAAACCUGCAGUGAGAGAAACAUCCUCGGGCUAAGCCACACAUAUGAAUAUACUUCAUGAUAUUUUGAAAGAGAGGUUAAGAAAUGUUUAGACAAGGAAUGAUUUUUAAGCUAUGAGGGGGGGGCAGUUAGUUGUUGAAGCCCCAGCUACGGGACCAUGGAGCUGCUGACUGUUAAUAGAUUCUCUUUGUGUUCUACUACAGUAUAUCCUCAUGUUUAGGGGACCUGCGCCCCCUUCUCUCUCUAUUGAUGCAUUGCGUGCUCUUAAUGUCUUGUUUAACUUUACUGAGGUGUUGUUUGUAUAACUGUACAGUGGGCAAGUGUGCAUACUCUUCUGCCUUUGUUUACAACUCAUUGGCAUGUUGACCUGUUGACGUGUUGAAGAGGGCUGUUUUUUUCUUUGCUACGUCUUGGACUAUCAACAACGCUUUAAACUUUUUCCUGUCUACCACUUUCAUUACACAAACACACAUUGUGAAGGAAAGUAUCAGCAGGUGGACACAGUCAGUAACCACACGUGUACACAUUCACACAGAGGCAUGCUAUAAGACCUCCCCUGUGCUAAUAUUUACAAGACUGUCAGUUAGUUUACCUCUUCAAAACCCCAUCAGAGAGACAUGCUGCAUUAAAGGCUCCAUUAAGGGCUUUUGAAACUCACUCUGGAGGUCUGCGAGAAACAAGUCAGCUUUAGAAGUGCCAUCAGUCCGUUUCUUUUGACUUCCUACCAAUUCAACACAAGAAAUCAUAUACAAAUACAUGAACCGCAUAAUUUCAAUUGUGCUGCCUAUGUUCCAACGUAGUGGAUGUUUUCUUUAUAUUUGACAAGGGAAAUGGCGCAAGAUCAAUGUCAUUUUUCCUUGCGGUUUCUCCCUAAACUCUGCAGACAUCAUAUUUAGUUGUCUGCCCUUCCUCAAACAUGCCUUUCUUUACCUUACUUAACCUCACGUUCUUGUCGCCGGUGCAUGCACCACUGUUUGCGGUCCCCAUGUGCAAGUCUCUCUCCAGUCAAUUCCCAAACAUACACAGCAAAUCAGUUUAGGAUGGACAUUUGAUCCAAUCUUCAGUUUGCAUCUGCUCCAGUGACGUCCUGUAUCUCCAGUCUGAACCCCCCUUGGCAUCGGCAUCUGGCAUUAAUGAGGAGGUAAUGAGUCUCCUCUCCUCCUCAUUUGGUCAUUCAUCUACUGUAACUUCCCAUUGCCUCCGUUAGGGCCGCGUCACUGAGGACAAAAACAAUUAUGACUGGGCAGAUGGUCUUAAAGCCACCACACCAUGGCAGCAAUUCACAACAACACUUUAUAAAAAUCUCUUUCAUUUACUUGGAAGAGAAUGAGUUGAGCACAGUAUCAUUCAAGGAUACGUAUCAGAAAUAAAAUAAAAUAAUUUUUUAAGUGACUUCCUGGGGGCAUUAUUUACACAUUAUGCCUUGUCUUGGACCACUGCUUUCCAAACUUUUUCUAUCAUGCUUUCCCUUUCUCCCCCUGGUGUGUAAAUUGAUUGACUUUUCAUCCACUAGGCAAAAUACUGGGGAAACUGGUAAAAAAUGAAUUAAUAAAAAGGAGCCAAGUUAAAUCUAAUUGAAUUAACAUUAUCAAAAAUCUGAUCGGUAUGUCUUUAAUUAUUUAGCUAAUUAGUUUCUGUUCCAUAAGUGCAAAGUACAAUUCUUAAAACUGUCUUUGCAUAGGAAGACACAAGGCUCUGCUGCUGUAUUGACAGUUUUUCUUUUCCUCACGGUCAAACAUCUGUUCAUCCUGUACUUUACUUGUUGUCUUGCUUUCUGGAUGCAUCUUGCUAACCUGACUCCUUUUGUCUUUCACAAACAAUUCAGAUUUAUAGACCUUUAACCACAGCAGACAUUUUUACUUGUCAUGCACAGGUGUAACUAAUAACAUUAACGAUGGCUCUGAUCCAGCAAUCUUUGGCACACAGCGAUUAAAAGACUAUUAGAAACACCUGUGUUUGUCAAGUCAAAAUGUCUGCUCAUUUCUUUCCCUUGGUCAUAUGUGCUCCCCCUGUAUUGGCUCUGUGCGCUCCACUGCCUUCAACCACGCUGUUAAAUGUACCUGGCUCUGUGCUCAUUUUCAAUUUGCACAUAAAAAGUAUAAUCAGAAAAGCCAGAAAUUUGAAAAAAGACAGAAAUACGCUUGGCUGAGGUAGAAGUUUUUGUGUUUCUAAAAAUGAAAAUGCGACUGUUGUCUGUUCUGUGUAUUUGUUUCUUCAGCUUUAUGCGCUCAGUUCCUAUCAUUUGCAUAAAAGUGGUGGAUGGAAAUGUGUAUGAAUUAACAUUUUCCUUUGCUGAUUUUUUGCACUACAUUUGGAUUGGAGAAAAAAAGAUUUAUUUAAAUGGUUCAGGCAUUUUACUGACAGGCAGCACGGUGGUGCAGUGGUUAGCACUUUCACCUCACAGUGAGAGGGUUCAACUCCCGGUUGGGGCGUUUCUGUCUGGAGUUUGCAUUUUCUCCCUGUGCCUGUGUGGGUUCUCUCCGGGUGCUCCCGCUUCCUCCCACAGUCCAAACGAGCACAUUAGGUUAAUUGGCGACUGGCGACCUGUCCAGGGUUAUCCCCUUCCUCACCCAAUGUCAGCUGGGAUUGGCUCCAGCCCCCCCUGCAACCCUACAAGGACAAGCAGUAUAGAUAAUGGAUGGGUGGAUUUUACUGACAGAUUUAUUCAGGGUGAAUUUUGCUAAAUAUCGCCUCUGAAAUGUCAUUUAAAUUAAUGCAUAGGUGUAUGAAUGCCAAGAACAGCUGUCGCAUUUUCAAAGUCCCAUUAUCAUGGAUUUGUUAUCUUGCUUACUCAUGCGCUCAAUAUAACAGUUUCUUUCCUUGAGAUAAUGCGAUAAUUAAUCUGCUAUGGCAAGAUUUGGUUAUCAUGAGAUAACUUGUUAACUUGAAAUAACACGAUUAAGAACAAUUAUAGCAACCAAAGCCACUCUCAACUUCAGUAUCUGUACACACAGGCCAUUUACAUCCAGCUCUUGCAAAAGUUUAUGAAAAGCUCACAUUAAACUUUCAAGUUUAACUGGAGAGUCAUAAGCCAGUCAAGUCACACAAGUGGAUAAAAAUACACACAGGAGUCAAACAAACCUCAAGCUAAACUAUUUCCACUUUGGCUUAAAUAGGUCUGGAGGCCGUAAAGCUGUUGUCAGUCAUAAAAGAUCCGUUUCAAAGUACACACCAGUCCUAUUCUUUUCCCGACUCCUGACGUUGUGUCCCCCUGAGGUCAAACCUCAAGCAGCUUGAGGUUCAGGAAUAUUUUUGUUAAGCAGAGUUCCCCCCGACAUCUUGUUUAUUAAACACUGUGUGAUAUGAAAUCCAUCUGCAAACACACUCACACAAAAUGGAGAUUAAGUGUUUCUCUUGCUAAGCUGCAGGUUUUGUGUCUCUUUUCCUUAAAUGCAGCAUGUUUCUCAUCGCACUAGAAACACACACACUCAAUUAUGUUCAGACACAACCCAAUCACGCUCACUCAGUUUCUUUAUCGCUUCUCACUCAGACAUGCACACACAAAUAUGGUCUUGCAUUAAAUUGGCCAAGUCGGACAUGUCCUCGCAUGCCAAGUGUACAACUGCGGCACUUAUACCAGUUUAUAUUUUGAACCAUUUUCAGCUGAAAAUUAGACAAACCUUCCUUUGCUCAUUAAUUCAUUUCACAUUCAUUCUCUUCCAGCAAAUAAGGGCAUCACAGCAUCUGUGGAACUAUGUGUCUUUGUUGUGAAAUGUUUCUGUCUAUCAGUUGAAAAGUUAGGACUUUAUAUUUUUCUAAAUAUAUCUAUGAGAAGGAAUCUUAUGUAUUUGAAUACUGUAUAUGAAUAUGUCCUUGUAUACUGCGUUGUUGGUGGGAGCGAGUGCAGUGGCUUUGUAGUGUUUUGAGCAUGUUUGCACAGCCUACCACAAACUUGUAUCUUUGCAGACCUGGUUAAAAUGAAUCAUGACCAUCAAUAAAAUAUACUUAAGUAA